AUCAAGUCAACCAUCUUCGCAAGAAGAACACAGCCAGCAGAGCAAGUUAACAAAAACCGAUUUCGUGUGUGCCAAAACCCCAAACAAGUGACAACACAAAAUGAAGGCCUUUACGUCUAUUGCGCUGCUCGUGUGCCUGGCCGCCUGGACCCAUGCGGAACCGCCAGUGCCCCAGAACCAGUACCUGCCGCCCAACCAGUCGCCCCAGGCGCCGUCCAACAACUACCUGCCGCCCACGCAGGGCUUCCAGUCGCCGUCGAACAACUACCUGCCUCCCCAGCGGACCGGCGGCAACGGAGCGCCCAGCAACAGCUACGGCGCCCCCAUCGCCCCGCCCCAGGGUCAGUACGGUGCUCCGGCGCUGACGGGAGCCAUCUUCAAGGGCGGAAACGGGAAUGGCAACGGCAACGGCUACGGACAGCGGGAUGAGGAGCAGUACGGACCGGCCAAGUACGAGUUCAAGUACGACGUGCAGGACUACGAGUCGGGCAACGACUUCGGGCACAUGGAGUCCCGGGACGGGGAUCUGGCCGUGGGCCGCUACUACGUCCUGCUCCCCGACGGUCGCAAGCAGAUUGUGGAGUACGAGGCCGACCAGAACGGAUACCGCCCCACCAUCCGGUACGAGCAGGUGGGCAAUGGCAAUGGCAACGGAAACGGAAACGGCAACGGACGCAAUGGCGGUGGCUACGAUAGCAACGCGCAGCAGGGCAAGUUCAACGGCUAUUAAGAGGGGGAGAGUGGAUUCCCGACUUGGGUCGACCCGCAGCUAUACUCGUCUACUUCAUGGGAUCGCUGGCCGAGUAUUAAACGCCCAUCCAGCCAGAGCGCCAGCGAUCGCAGUCAGUCUAUCCCUACUUCUGCAACCCCUUAGUGGGACGGCCGCCAUUUUGCCAUAGACAGGCGCGUUCCUUUCCGUUUCCGUUUCACUUCCGAUUGUACCCCCUUUCUGUCUCUACGCCUGGAACCCCUUGCCGUUUUGUUUUGUUUAAGCGCCUUCAUUUUGUGUUAGUCUACGCACACACACACACCAACACACCACUCACACACACCAUGACCAUAACGCAUUCAUACAUACAUGCAUAAGGAUUGUAUUUAGUUUUUAAACGAAAAUGGAAAUUCGAAAGUGAAACGAACUUAUGAGAUUUUUGUGUAUAUUUAAUAAUUAUUAAAUGAAUAAAGAAGCAUUUUUGUAUAAAAC